GGGAGGGGGAUGAUAGGGGGAAACCCUUGAGGUCCUUGAUGUCCCCUGUGACUGCCUGGGGUAGCACCCCCUCCUGGAGACCAAGCCCCUGCUGCACUUGCCCAAGGAGAACCAGAGCUGCCCUGGCCAUGGCCUUGAGACUGUCUGCACCGGGACAGGUGCUCAGCCUUGGCUUGGGGUUGGGGCCCAGCAGUUUCUAACCAGUCAUAAUUAAUAGAGCUGGUGACAGUUCUGAUAACUGGCUGCUUAGAUUAGCCACAGGAUCACGUUCUGGGCCUGUGAUUUAUCCCCCUUGGUGGCCCUUGGCAACAAGAUCAAGCUUGUUGCCGAGAGUCAAAGAUCAACCCAACAAGGGGGGGACAUUCGAGUUCAAGAAGUUGAAGUUGGGAGAGCAGCGACCCACUGGUGGCCUCACCCCAGGCCUGCGAUACCCAGAGCCAGGGUGGUCGCCAAGCGUGGAGCAGUUCACACUCGUGGGGAGCUUUUGAUCUGGGGUCACAGAGGUGAGGAAGCUAGUUCUAGUUCACAGGGGCAGGAACAAGCCCAGGGGACUCAGAUCCCUGCCCGCAUUGCUCUGGCAAAUGGUGGGUCUGGUUUGAAUCCAGGUUGGGUGGGCUCCAGAGCCGCCCUGUUCCCUUCCUCAACCUUCAUCUUGGCAACUCGAUGGCCCAAACCCUAGGUCUUUGGAGUUUCUUAAAUUGUUCUCACCAACAUCCAGGAGGGUGGCUCCGCUCCCCGGAUCCUGCCCCAUGGAAGGGCUGUGUGUGGCCACUCUGCCUCUCAGUCACCUUCUCUUUCCUUGUCCUUCCAUUCCCUGGCCCCCCGAUGAGAGCUGAGUCAGAGCUGCUUCCCCGCUUCCCCUUGGCUCCCACUGCCUCCCAUGGGGGCCCCCCUCAGCCGAAUCCGUGCAUCCGUCAUUGGUCACUCCCAUUAGUCCUCUCCGCCACCCUUAUGGGGCGGGGAGCCCAGAGCAGCCCAGAGGCUGGGGGAGGGGGUGGACUUUUGGCCUGUUCCGUUGAUUCCCUCCAUCUCCUCGUCAACAGCUGCCCGGCGCUCUGGGCUCAUUGCUCUACCUGGACCUUCGGGGAAGCAGGAACCUAGAGAGAGGGCAGGGGACAGAAACCAGGGGGCUGACCUGAGCCCCAGGUUGCAGCUGGCCCCCACACGCUCUCCCCGUUUCUCCCCAGCCAGCCUUAACAGCCCUCCUUAGCCAAAGCCCCUCAAGUUCCCUUGGGGCUCAGCCCCUCCCCUUCUCUGGGGCCCCAGGCGCCCCUCGGGGCCCUGCAUCCCACCAUGUCGGUGGCCGUGGAGAUCUUCGGCUUCUUCAUGGCGGCUCUGGGGCUGCUGAUGCUGGGGGUGACCCUGCCAAACAGCUACUGGCGAGUGUCCACCGUGCACGGGAGCGUCAUCACCACCAACACCAUCUUCGAGAACCUCUGGUUUAGCUGUGCCACCGACUCCCUGGGAGUCUACAGCUGCCGGGAAUUCCCGUCCUUGCUGGCCCUCUCCGGGUACCUCCAGGCCUGCCGGGCGCUCAUGAUCACCGCCAUCUUCCUGGGCUUCCUGGGCCUCUUCCUAGGCAUGGUGGGGCUGCGCUGCAUCAACAUCGGGAGCCUGGAGCUCUCCAGGAAGGCCAAGCUGGCAGCCACCGCGGGGGCCCUACACAUACUGGCUGGUUUCUGCGGGAUGGUGGCCAUCUCCUGGUAUGCCUUCAACAUCACCCAGGAAUUCUUUGACCCCUUGUAUCCAGGGACCAAGUACGAGCUGGGCCCCGCCCUCUACCUGGGCUGGAGCGCCUCCCUGCUCGCCAUUCUGGGCGGUGUCUGCCUCGCCUCCACGGGCUGCCGCAGCCCCAACGCAGACCCGGCCCCCAGGCUCCCCUACGAGGCCUCCGCGGUGCGGUCCCCCAGCCUCGCCGCCCGCCUGCACCCCGUGGUCUCAGACGAAGAAGGCGACAGCAGCUUUGGCAAAUACGGGAAGAACGCUUACGUGUAGGAGGCCUGUGGACCCCGUGCCCCUGCCACUGCCCUCAGCGACGAGAGGUCCCGUGAACCCCUGGCUGCAGGCCACGCCACGCCCCCUCCCCCGCCCCCCCGCCUACCCCUGUCCCCGCCACCACCCCUCUGUGGCCAGAAGCCACGCCCAGCUCUGACCGCGCCCCCUGCCCCGCCUCCUGAGAACUCGCCUCGGACCCCUGAGGCAGGACCUUCUGAGGCUGGGCUCUGGUUGGUUAAGGAGCAGAGGCGUCUCCGUUUGUAUUCUGUAUAGUCCCUGCGGAAAUAAAUUUGUACUGUGAACUGUU